CCUGUCUGCUCUGUGUACCUCUUCGACCGACUCCUUUCGAUCGUCGAUACGUGGCCUCAUCGUCGAUUUCAUCGCAGAGCUCAUAUCCGCCGAGGGUCGAUCUGGUCUUGAUUGAUCAUGGUGCCAUACAUCCCACCUGACAUCAUCGACAUCAUCCUUGAGUAUGUCGACGGUAACGCCGCACAAUUAUGCACCUGCGCGCUCGUAUGUCACGUUUGGCUGGAGGCGAGUAGGCGGAGGCUCUUCCAACACUUGCGUUUCUAUCAACCAGCGUCAUACGACUCCUUCAUUCGCCACGUCGUUCAUCGUGAGGAGAUGCAGCGAUGGCUCGCGUCAGCGCGUACGCUCAUGUAUGCUGGUGAUCGUGAUCCUGACAACAUCGCGAUUGAGAGACAAUUUAAAGCGAAGAGUAACAGGGGCCUCUGUGAACUCGCUGGCCAGCUACCGAACUUGCACACCCUCGCUCUCUUCGAACUCGAUUGGUCGGAGUUCUCACAUCCGCGGGCUCAUCUUGCCCUCUCUCAAUUUGGACGCAUCAGGGAGCUCUUGCUGGUCGAUUGCACAUUCAGCUCCCUCGGAGCUCUCCGUGACUGCAUCACCGGCUUAACGGCCUUGAGAAACCUCUUCCUUCUCCGGAUUGGCUCUGAGGAUCCUGUCAGAUUCUUGAACGGCAUUCACUCGCGGCCAAUGCUCGAGACACUUGCCAUCGACUUCGACGAAGACUCCGACUCGAAUACUUUUCUUCAGUGGCUCUCCCAGACGCCCACUGUGUCCUCUCUCCGCCGUCUUGCAAUCACACCGCGCCAUCUUGAUCUUCAGUGGGAAGCAUUUACCUCAUCCAUCACUUGUUUGGAUAUCAGCCUCAAUGUAACCAAUGAGGACUUUUGUCUCGCACCUUUUACACUCCUAGAGUCUCUGACGAUAAGAGGCGGCAGUGACAAGCGCAAGAAUUGGCUCCAGCUCUCUACAAACCUUCGAAGCGUCUCUGGCCGGCUUCGCACGCUGUUUCUCUCCCUAGACAUAUACUGGUACCCUCCCCCUCCCACGAGCCCAGUUUCAUACCCAGAAGUCGACGACAGGGGUCUGGAGCUCCUUGAGCAGGUCCUGGAAGGGACUUCCUUCGCAAGCCUCCACACGGUGGAGUUCUACUUCAGGCGCUGGCAAAUAGUCACAAAGCCACUCAACAGGGAGCAGGCACAGCGUGCGGAUGCGCAUAUCAAAGACCUGGUCUGUAAGAAGCUGCACAAGCUAUGCAAACGCGGAGUGCACGUCAAGAUCGUAGUACAUCGCGUUCCCAAUGACUACGAGGAGGAUCCGUGGGAGGAAGCGCGCUGUGGCUUUGGGCGGAUGCCCUUUCACGCUGAGCACCUCAAGCUUUGCCGGUAAUGGCGACUUGCCAGUCUCCCGGUGGCAUAGCCAGCAUCCGUGCUCAUCAAGCCCUGCCUUCGAUCCUACGCGGCGAGGCUGCGUUGCUCUUGCCUUUUUCAAAAUCGUCGCUUCGACGCGUGCCUGUCCGUGCCUUUCCCCGAACACGUCCUCCCCUAUUUCUCGCUUUCAGGUUCCCACGAUGCCGGAAAGCUGCUAUUGGACGCAAUCCUCCCCUGGAAACCAGCCACGGUGCGCAUUUGACGAGGGUAGAGGCGUAUGUCGAGCAGAGAUAUACGCGUUCCUGUGUCGAUUGAGCAGCACAAGUUCUGGAGGGCGGCGAUGGACGUGCUCUCUAACGUCGCAGCUACUGCAAGCGCGUUUUAAUGGCAUCGUGGCACAAUCUGCCUCCUUUCUCUUGUAGAGCUCAAAGCUAUGUUCAUUCGCAGAACGGUCUUGUUCUCGGUUAGAUGCCUUAUGACGCACGUUCUCGUCUUAUGCACCCC